UUAUUUUUAGGACUGAAAGUUAUAUUGUGGGCAAAACUUUGAAAUUAUAAUGGCAACAUUAGACGUCUGAAUUGGUACAAUGGCGGCUAUGUCCCCGUCGGAGCGACGAUUACAGAAAGAACUGAUGUCGUUAAUGAAAGAACCUCCACCGGGAGUCACUGUAGACGGAGAUCAGGCCAGCCAAAAUCUGACACUGUGGACAGUACACAUGGAAGGGGUGCCCGGCACGUUGUACGAGGGGGAAAAGUUCGUUUUGCAAUUUAAAUUCACAAAUAAGUAUCCCUUCGACUCACCAGAGGUGACGUUCAUAGGUAAUAACAUCCCAGUACAUCCACAUGUAUACUCGAACGGUCACAUCUGUCUGUCUAUACUGACGGACGACUGGUCGCCCGCGCUCUCCGUACAGUCGGUCUGCCUCUCCAUAGUCUCUAUGCUAAGUAGCUGUAAAGAAAAGAAACGACCACCGGACAAUUCAUUUUACGUAAAAACAUGCAAUAAAAAUCCUAAGAAAACAAAAUGGUGGUAUCAUGAUGACUCCGUUUAACAAAUAGCAGUGGUAUCGACAAUGGACGAUAAAUCUAAUUUGUGAUAAGUGUUAUAUCGAUAUAGACACAGUAUGUUAACAUGUAUAUACGAAGUGGUGUGCGAUGCGCUGGUGCGAAAUUGUGUUGAACAAGUGAUGUGCUACUGGCCUAGUGCUGCCCUCUGUUGCGUUCAUUAUCUUUUUUUUAAAUUGUGUAUUAUUUUUUACUCUAUGUCACCGGCUUCUUGGACACACUUGGAUUUUUUUUUGGCACAGUGGCGGAUCCAGGCGGGGGAUUAAGAGGCUCUAGUCUAACCAAGCACCUAAGCUUAAAACACAACUAAAAAGCUAGCUUACAGUAGGUAAGGGUAUAUGUCAAUUAUAUAAUAUUAAGACGCCUCGCACUUUCGCGUAGUUCCCGAUUCCCUGGGAAUACGGAUAAAAUAUAGACAACAUUCAUACAUUUUGCAUUAUAGUUUAGGAAGCGGAAGACAACCUAGCACUAAAUAGUCAGUGAAAGACAUCUUGCGUUAAUUCAUAGAUAAAAGCACGAUGUACGAGUGAGUUGAGUUGACAAGUAAAAAUAAUUUGGAUUUAUAAAAAUUAUAUACAAAAUGCUUUCCUAAACCCUCAUAGGAGUUGAGCCCCCCGAAAGUCAAUCCUGGAUCCGCCACUGUGUGGACUUUUGCUAUAGGGACUUUCAAGGGCAUGUACAUUAAUUUAAGAAAUUUUAAGUUUUUUUGUAUGUCUGUCAGUUGCAAUUCUACCAAUGGUUAGGAAACUGUUUUUGUUGGCAAGGCGCUCUAACAUGUGUUUUUUAUACCAAAAAUGAAAUUUUAUCAAUUUUCAAUAAUUUACAUUCUUCCUGUGUUGCCAAAUGAAAACAGCGCCAAUUUCUUCUUUACCGCCAAUUUACGGGAGUUUGCGUAAAAUUCUAUUUUUUACCAACCUUGCGGUAACAAUCAUGGCUUUAUUUUCUUUCCAAAUUUCAGCAGUUAGUUAACAGUUAGGUUUCGUAGUUAAAGCGUAAAGGAGUUGCAAAUACACACACACACACUAACUUUUACCAUUAUAAUAUUACAGAAUGUCACUGGAAAAGUCAUUAAUUUUCCUUGUCAUUAGAAGAUUUAUAAAAUGAAUUUGGCCAAAUGCUUCUAUUAUAUCGGUGUAUUUAAUUAAAUUAAAUGUUUUGAUAUAUUAAACACAAAUAGAUUAUCACUAGUUUAAUAGAAAACAUGUUGUAAAUUAAGUACAUGUAAGAGCAAAGAAAAAUGAAACUUAUUUUUUAAUUAAAGGGCAAAAGCUUUGUAUUACAUGAAUUCUUGGAUAAGGUAAUCUACAAAAAGAAAAUGUGUGCAAUAUUAGAAAAAUAAAUCAUGAUAUGUAUUGUACAAGCUCUUGAAGUGUCUUUUUCAAAUGUUUUCAGCAUUUGCUAUAAGAGUGCUUACAGACUGAUGAAUUGGUCGCACGGUUGUACAAGAUAAAAGUCCACAUAGUUUGUUUAAAUUAAUUAUUUAUAAAGCUGUUGUAGAGGUUUUUUAAUGUUUUAUAUGGUGCCGACGUAUCGCGCGGUUAAUUUUGUCAGUCUUUGCACACACGGACAUAUUUGAAAUUUUAUUUGUGUACUUUAAAAAGACCCUAGUAAAUUAUUUUUUUAAGUUUACUGUAUUAUUUUGAUGCUAUGUAUUAAUAAAAAAAAUGUUCAUAUGAA